CCGGAAACAGCUUCGCCCCGCCCCACGUGGGGCCCCGCCUCGCGGCGGUGCGACCCGAAGGCUCCGCGGGCUGUCUGCCGCUCGCUCUCCCGAUGGCCCGCUACCAGGAGGUGAGUGUGUCCGGUUUCGAGGACUUCAGCCGGGCUGUGGAGCUGCACAAAGGCAAGACCAUUUUCGCCUACUUUACCGGUUCUAAGGACGCCGAAGGGAAAAGCUGGUGCCCCGACUGCGUGCAGGCUGAACCAGUCGUCCGAGAGGGGCUGAAGCAUGUUCGUGAAGGGUGUGUGUUCAUCUACUGCCAAGUAGGAGAAAAACCUUACUGGAAAGAUCCAAAUAAUGACUUCAGAAAAAAUUUAAAAGUAACUGCAGUGCCUACACUACUUAAAUAUGGAACGCCUCAAAAACUGGUAGAAUCUGAGUGUCUUCAGGCCAACCUUGUGGAGAUGUUGUUCUCUGAAGAUUAAGAUUUGAAAUGGCAAUUGUCUUGAUUUCCUGAUUUGCUCUAGUCUAAAAGAAACUGCAUAUUUGCUUUGAAUUCAUGUUAGCAAUAAAUAAAUAAUUACGAUGUAAAACAAUUAGUAUGUCUAAACAAUAGAGUGCUAUAUUAAAAUGCUCAUGAACCUUCUAAGCUAGGUAAAAUAAAUCUUCAGGAGUGGCAGUAUUAGCGCAAAGGAAUGUAUCACUGGAGGUAAUAGAAAUUAGACAGCUUCCCAAUCUCUAAAGGAGUUAGGAACUUUUACCUCAAAUUCCAUGAAUUUACAAAGAACCGUUAUUUCUAAAACAUCUUCGGCUUUAGAAUUUAGAAUUUAACCUAACCACUGAAGGAAAGCACAUCACAUCUAAUCCAGCCUCUGCUUCAUGCAGGCAGUUUUGUUUUACAACUCUGAAUGUGCUUCCCUAUUUGGGAUGAGGUGGGUGGCAGAGGCCAGAGACUAUAUAACCUAGUGGUGGGAACGACUCUAGCCCGUGAGUCAGUCACUGAUUACCAUUUACUAGCUGUGUAGCCACAGGCAAGUUACUUCACUUUUCUAAACCUCAGUUUCCUCCUAUAAGAACAAGGAUUAUUCUGAGAAUAAAAUGAGAAUGCAACUAAACACUUAACGCAGUGCCUGGCUUGUGGAACCUGCCAAACAAAAUGUGAGCUUUCCCAAAUAA